UGACAAGCAUCGUUUAGAAAUGAAUCCAUAUUUAUAUUAUACCCCAGCUUUACCACUCUUAAUGUGCCUUCUGCUCUUCUCCUCCGGACUUUCACAGCUCCUUUACAAUACGGAUGACAAUGUGGAGCAGCUGGACUUCGCCUCCUUUGAAACUGGACUCAGUGAGCCGACAAGAGGGAAGCUAGUGAAGUUUUUCAACGGAUUCUGCAAAGACAGCCAAGACUUUAUGCCCGCAUUCAGGAAGCUAUCCCGGAAGCUUUACAAGUGGAAACGUAUACUGAAAGUACACGUAUUCGACUGCUCGAAGGACGAAAACCACGAGAUCUGCCGUAGUUUCAUCAUCCGUAGUACCCCAACUCUGCGCUACUUUCCUAUGGCCUACCGUCGAGACCCAGAAGAUCUGGGCACCGAGAUCUCAAGUCGGAAGGUGAAGGAAAUUGAGUCGGAGUUGGCCCUAUAUCUGGCGGAACUGAAGUACUUCAAGCUGUUUUCGAGGGAGGACAAUGUGACGGAUAUUUUUCGGGACUACGAACACGUUAAGUACAUUGCCAUGGUCUUCCAGAUGUGCCUCUUUAAUUUUAUGCCCCACUUUGAGACGGGGAACUCAAUGGAGGAGAAGCAGGCUUCCCUGGACAACUGCAAUAAGGAUAAUCCCAUAGUUGCGGCCAUUGGCAGGAACACCCUUCUGGAGUUGCUGCCCUACAAUCAAAUCGCUGUGCGCGUCUUCGAUGAUCAUCAUGUUUACGCCAAGUUUAACGUAUCACCAGUGCCAAAUUUAAUAGUUGUCCUAAAUCGUAAGCUAAAACCGCUGUUCCUAACGCCCGAGGUGGACACCAGUGAGGCUUAUGUGGCUGCUGUUAGACAGUUUCUAGAGUUUAACGAUCUCAAAGCGCAUAAACCGUUACAAAAAACCCAACCAACAAACAUAUCUGAGGCCUUGCGUUAUGAGAUUUUAAAACAAAUCAAAAAGCAACCUCAACGGAUCUAUAGAGCCGAUCUGGAAAGGGCUGUUGACCAAAUACUCAACCUGGAACUACCCAAAACAUCAAAUUUUGUAGGAAAAAGACUUAAAGUUGUUAACAAUUUCCUAAGACUGAUGUACAACUCAAAUCCCCUAAGACCAGAGGCCAAGGGAAUGCUUAACCACCUUUACAAUUCGAUGAAAAUUAAGAGUAGGGUAUCUGGAGUUGGAUUCAGGGAAUUGGUCAUCAAGGCAUUAAAGAACUACACUUUUGAGGGAAAAAAUUAUAUUGGCUGCAUUGCCUCUCGCCCUCAUCUGCGCGAUUUCAACUGCUCCCUUUGGACACUGUUUCACUACCUCACUGUGGAGUCGAAAUCCUUAAAUGCGGGUUCCGUCGUGCAGCUCUUAAAGGACUAUGUAAAGUUCUUCAUGUACUGCAACGAUUGUCAAAACCAUUUACAGGAGUUUGAGAAGAGGCGACCACUGUCUGAUGUGAUUGAGCAUGAUCAAGAGAUACUUUGGCUGUGGCAAGCCCACAAUUAUGUCAACAAACAGUUGGCUGGUGCUUCUACCGAGGAUCCGGAGUUCCCGAAGAUUCAGUUCCCAAGCGAAAGAGAUUGUCCCAGCUGCCGGGAUAAACGGUCCAAGUGGAGAACUGGCGAAGUGCUGAAAUAUCUAAAGAGCAUCUAUGCCUUGAAAAACCUAAGUUGGUUCGGAAUGGCAACUUGCAAUACAUACAUCUAAGCAAAUUUCUAA